GGUGGUCUCUCCGUCAGUCUUGUUUUUAUAUUUUCAAGAAGUAUUAAGGUUUUUGAAAAGAAUACAAGAGUCCAAAUGCAAUUAGAUGCUUAUAUCAUUAUGAGCAGAGCAAUAAUAUCAAAGGCGGAUGGAUAUUUAUAUUUGAUUGAACACAAUGACUGACACUUCAGAAUAGUAACGUUUUAUUAUUUUUUACAGACUUUAGAGAGCCCCCUUUUCCUACACUGCGUAGUGGUGCGUUUGUCAAGACAAGCUCUCAAUUCCCCCCCGAGGCUCUGCCUGCUAAACAUGUAUGCAGAAGGAAACCACGCGUGUCCUGAAGAAAAUGGACAGCUAGGUGGUGCCAGUUAACUAUCAUAGCCUAGCGUGUCUGUCCUUGUUUAUCUACCACACAACACAGUUGCAAAAGACCUCAAAGAAUUCUGGAAUUUACUUAUUUAUAAAGGGCCUUGAAAUGUAUAAAUAUAUUUUAGACCUUACCUUAAGAGACAGAAUAACAAAAUUGAAAAAACUUGUCUAAAAAGAUAAUGGUAUAUAGAUCACUUCCAGGAAAUCUUGAUUUAGAACCUUGAAUCCCAUCUGACAUGCUAAUUUAAUUGAUACACUCAGCACAACUGGAACCGUGAUAAGACUAAUAGCAGCAGUUGGCGAGUCAAACCAGGAAUAAAGAAGAGCAUUCACACAAAUGGACAAUCUACAUUCUCUGGCUGGAAGGAAGAGCUAUUAAUGAAUGGAUAGAGGAAGAGCUGGCUUUAUAUUGUGCAUCUUGAUCUGUGUGCAGUCUGUGCUUUUAAUGUGGGCAAGAGGAAGAGAGACUAAGAUCAUUUGCCUUGUAAAUGUGCAAGUCAACAAACCUCAGACAGACUUUAAAGUGAUCCAAUUGUUUACCAUUGACAAUAAAACCUGUUUUUAAUAGUCACCUGCGAUUUCGCCAUUGUGCAAAAUUGACCCUCUCACUACGUUGCUGUUGCACAGUUUCCUAAUAUCACUGCCCAAGGACUUGAUUAUUCCUUCAACUAGUGAUAUUUACAGAACUUUAAAAAAAUACUUUAAUAUCACGGUCGGGUUCAUGCACGUACCUCAGAUAACAACUAAUCGGACAACUGCUUAAAUACAUUAGUGGACCAAAGGUCACAUACGUCUGUUGUUGCUUUUAAGUAGCCUUUCAAUUACAUUUUUGUCUGCUUAGGCAUCUUUCAUGUCAUAAAUAUCUGGAGCAAUAUGACAUUUUGACAGAAUGUCAGUUUGUGCAUGUAAGUACACAUGCAUGCAGCUCACCCCUCUGGCAGGUCUGUGUCAUCAGAGGCGGUUGAGGGAGGAUGAGUGACGGGCUGGUUAGUGAUUUGCAUGCUCUGGUGUUUAAAAGGAUCUGCAGGUGCAGGAUUCUCCACACAGAUGGUUGGAUUCUUCCUCGAAGCACUGAGGCAUCACAGCUCUGGGUCUCCUCUUCUUCUAUUUGUGAAUCUUAGGUAACCUGAAUAGUCUUUGAUUACUCUAAACAGAGUUUAUUCAGUGGGCAUUUUUCUUUGGAUGUAAUAAAAAGGCUCACUUGGAUCAAUAUGAAGAAAACACAGUUGUCUGGUUUGUAUCGUCACCGGAGAUAGAGACCAAAGGAGCAACAUACAGGGAAAUAUGGAGAAAUGUGUACAAGUUAUAGCAACUGAACCAAACAGACUCUCUGUGAUGACAUCGCUCAUAUUUGUGCACCUCCUCUUCCUGGGCUUAAAGGCCACCGACACCACCUCAGACACAUGGAGACGCUGCACAGAUUUGGUCCCUCUGGAUCUUUUGUCUUUUGUGCUCAAGAAGGACCCCUCCCAACUCCCAAUACCAGGGGUGCACAUCAAGCAGGCUGAAGGGGUGAGGGGUGUGCAUUUCUCGAGCCCUCAUACCUCUAUGAGCUUUCCCUCUUCCCAGCUGCUGGUGGACUGCGACCUUUUCCCUGAAGAAUUCUCCAUUGUUGUGACAUUAAAAGUUACUAGCUUUUCUCCUAAGAGAAAUGAAUACAUCUUUUCCUGGAUGGGGCCAAAGCGUGUAAAGAAAAAAAGAGUGGGGACAAAAGAAGAAAAGAACAACAAAGAGGACAUUUUGGAAAGGACUGCAGAGAGUUCUCACAGGGAAGAAGAACAACGCGGAGAGAGGGAGAAGAAGCGGCGAGUCAAGAGUGAGGAAGAGCGGGGGCGAAUCCUUCUGGGACUCAGGUUCUCGAAAAAGCGCCUGCACUUUCUUUAUAGAGGUCAUGGAGGGGUUGUAGAGCGCUGGAUGUUUCGAGGCGCUGGACUGGCCGACAACCACUGGCACACUCUGGUUUUGGGUGUGGGCAGUCAUCAUGUCCGGCUUACAGUGGACUGCAGCAAAGCCCAGGAAAUGCAAGUUCUCUUUUUUUUCUUCUUGUGUAAACUGUGUCUUCAGUUCACUGGGUGGGUGCAAUGUCUCUCUCGUGUCAUCCUGUUCCCUUUGAAUACCUUUGAGGGAUUGUAGAUCCUUCACAAUGCAAUGGCGCUACUCCAGGCUGCUCACAGCCUGCAGCUGUAUCACAGCGGCCUGACAGUAUGUGAUAGAUGUAUUUUAGUGGAAACGGCCUCUGGCGCACAGAAUGGGAGAAGUAUCAGCUACCGUAUGACGCAUAUAUAAUGCGAUUCUUGUCUCAGUCCUAAGAAGAGAGGAGCCUACUUUAAUUCAAGUGUCUUUAAAUUACAUUAAAGAUGAAAAGCAGCUUAAUUCAGCUAUUAAAAAUAAUUAGGUUUUAUGGCCAACAGUAUCCCCUCCAGGCCUUUCCCCUCAGACCUCAACAUUCAGGGAUCGAAAUUCAACGUUGGCAGUCGGGGGAGAUGGAAAGGCUUGUAUUCAGGUCUGUUGCGCCAGCUGGUUUUGGUGCCAGGUGUGGAUGCCACCCAUCAAAUCUGCCCCUCUUUGAACCCCCAACUAGCAGUUCUCUCAGUACCACCACUUCUGUUCAGGGAGGGUCACGACCAUGUGACUUCAUAUGAAACAAAUGAGCGCGUCUCAGUGGGCUUGGAGCGCUCAUGCUCCGAGCUGGUACAAGGCCAAAUGUGGUUCAAUCCGCUCAGGAAAGGCCUCUACCUCUGCGACGGUACCGUGUGGGUCACCGUGCUGGAGGAUCAUAAACGACUUGACUACGUGUUGGAACACCAGGUCCUAACCACCAGCUCAGAGACACAGGAUGUAGAGGUGUUCCAGAUAGCCGGCAUGGGUCUGAUGGCUGCAAUGGCUCAUAGGUCAGCUUCUGGAUCAGCUGUGUAUCUGUGGAGCAAAACAGGUUUUCGCCUUUACCAGAACAUCAGCACACAUGGAGCUCUGGCUUGGAGACACUUCAGCAUGGGCAAGAAGAGCUUCCUGGUUGUUUCUAACUCUGUCGGCGGGCCAGAAAAACACAAAAGAUCAGAGACGGACAUUUCUGUGAUUUACAAGUGGAGCAAAAGAAGAAAACGCUUUGUGCGUUUCCAGACUCUGCAGACCCACUGUGCUCGGGACUGGGAGGCCUUUAUCAUCGACCAACAAACCUAUCUCGCUGUGGCAAACCACAGACAGGGUGAUAACAAUCACACCAUAGACAGUGUGAUAUACAAAUGGAACAAGCUAACACAGUCUUUUGAGGUUCACCAGAUGCUGCUGACGUCAGGGGCCUACGACUGGGAGUUCUUCACAGUGGGACCGUACCACUUCCUAGUGGUCGCUAACGCCUUCGAUGGAGUGACCACCUCUCUGGAUUCAGUCAUUUAUGUUUGGGUCAGCGGAAGCUUCCAGGUGUUUCAGACAAUUAAGACGUUCUGCGCCACAGACUGGGAAAUGUUUCAAAUUGGAAAUAGAGUUUUUUUAGUCGUCGCCAAUGGACACAGACUAAAUGGCAAUGGACCAAGUCAAUAUGCCAUCAACUCCACCAUCUACGAACUGGACAUGAAUGCCCAGGUGUUCGUCCGCUUCCAGGACAUUGUCACCUACAGUGCAGUGGACUGGGAAUUCUUCAGUCUCGGGGAGGAAUAUUUUCUGAUUGUCGCAAACUCCUUCAACGGAGAAACCUAUUCUCUCAACAGCAUUCUUUACAGGUGGCAGGGAUAUGAAGGAUUUGUUCCUGUUCAUUGGCUCCCAACGAUCGGGUGCAGUGACUGGGAGUUUUUCAGCUCUAAAGGAGAAUCAUAUCUGAUCUACUCUAGUGCCAAAGCCCCUCUCUCCAAAGUGUUUAAGCUGAAAACACACUAGCCAAAAAAAGUGUGCAUGUUGUUUUGCUCACUCUUUUUAUGUGUGAGUUCCUGUGUAAGACAAUGUUUGUAGUAAUUAUAUUGAAAUGUGUUUAGAUGCUCAUGUAGGAAGAUAAGAAAACACAGUACAUAUAAUUCAAUAGGUAAAUAUAUACAUAAAAAGAGAAUGAUGUUAUUUAAUUAGAAAAGUUUAGAAAAAUAAUUUGGUAGGUGGACUAUAGUUCAAUUUCACCCACAUUAUCAACAGCGCUAGGUUAAUAUUGUAUUUAUCUCAUUUUUACACGAAUAUUACGAGUUCAAGACUUUUACAGGAAUAUAUAUAUGUCUAUAUAUAUACAGUAGAAUAUGUAGAGUUGUUUUUUUAAUUUUCUUUAAACACAUUUAAUAUUGAUGAUUUUUUUAUUGACUGUUGUAUGUUGUCAGAACAAUUACUGAUUAUAACUUUAUGUAUGAAUUAUAUUUAAGAUAAUUAUCCUGAAAUGGCAAUAAACUAGAUUUUAUAUGUUUAUAUACAAGGUAGAGUUGUUUAUGCAUUGGCUAACCUUCAACCACGUUUAUUUCGAGCAUGUAGGGAGGCAAACUAUUCUUCUUCUUCUUCUUUUAACUUUUAUUCAAGUCAUUUAGUGGCCAAUCAAAACCCUGGUGAGGUGUUUGAUCGGUAUGCAGGCGCUUUGGGCAGCAACUGCCAUCCUUUGUAAACACGAACAACUCUAAAUAUUUUUUUCCUACGGUUGGCUACAGAAGACUAACAGCCCCAUAAACUUCAUGACUCAACGUGUCGGAGAUUUGGUUUUAUUGCUACAAUUAUUGGUGCAAUAAUAAUAAGAUAAAUAUAAAUAAAAAUGUAAGGCCUAUAUCAUAAGGUCCCAGUAAAUCACACAACUGUACAUAAACAUUGCUAAUGAUGUUCAAGUAAUAAAACUACCAUUAGUUAUUA